AUGUGGAAGUCGUUUCAUAUAUGGAUUUAUCUUUUUAUCCUUGUCGAAAAAUGUCUUUUAACAUCUCAAUUGGUGCAAUCAAAUCGUCAGGAAUUAAUGCUCGUUCCAUCAGUUGCAUUUCGUCAUCAUUCUGAAUCAAUGGAAUUAACUGCACUGGCUCAUCCAACGGAUGAUUGGAUUCUUUAUGCUCAAGGUUGGUUUCUUGAAGUAAAUCCUAUUCGUGCUCGUCUUGCCACAACUAUCCUCUUGACAACUGUCGGUGAUGUUGAUCAAGAUCGCAUCGCUUAUUUUACUGGAAGUGGAAAAGAACAUCGAGCAUUAUGUAUUGAUGGUCUAAAGAAUGAAAUGUGUACAUACACAGAUUCACAUGGCUUAAUUCAAAAACAGUUUAAAUUAUCAAAUGAUGAUAUUCAACUUUUUCGUGUUUCGGGUGGAACUGGUGGAAAAGUUGAAUAUUCCGUUUCAACAGUAGAUAAAAAUAUUCAGAAAAAAGGUGAAAUCUUCUUAUGUGAUGAUAAUGGAAUAUCAGUUAUUAGUGAUAUUGAUGAUACAAUCAAAAUAACUGGUGUAACCAGUGCACGUGCUGUUCUUCGGAAUACAUUUUCUGGUCAAUAUAAAGCUGUGCCUGGUAUGGCUGAACGUUAUCGUCAUUAUGAAUCGACUUACAAUGCCACAUUUCAUUAUUUAACUGCUUCACCGGAUCAAUUAUAUCCAUUUUUACGAGAAUUUUUUGAACGUGAGCAAUUUCCAUUAGGUUCAUACCACAUGAGACAUUUUACCUGGUUGGACUCGAAUUUCUUUCACUUUUUCUCGUCAAAAUCAUUCAUCAGACAGAAGACAAAUAUUUUACACAUGUUUUUCCAGCAAACACGCUCGAGACAAUUUAUUUUACUUGGUGAUAUUUUUCAAAAAGAUCCGGAAAUUUAUGCAAAUAUCUACGAAAAAUAUUCGGAUCGAAUUUUGAAAAUCUUCAUACGUGUACCAAAGAAACGAGUCGUAGAUCGAUUAGAACAUGUGUUUCAACAUAUCCCAAAAAACAAAUGGGACACAUUUGUGAACGGACAUGAUCUCCCGGAAAAUAUUUUCUAA